AGUCAACGUCAAAAGGAGAGGGAAAGAAGGAAACUUCGUUCGAUUGUGAAAAAAAGUUAAAAUUCAGAACAAAAUAGUGCGUUUUAAAGUUUAAGCGUAGGCAGUAGUUGUAGUGCAACGCAAAAAGUAUCAUAAUUCUGCAUAGUGAAUUGAUUUCUGGUGGUGAUAAGCCUGGAUGGCCAUUUCGCAAAAACUUUAAAGAGCACUGGUCAGCUGUUUGGAGCAAAAACAAAAGAAUCAAAAAUCGAUCGAUACUGCCUGCCUCGCACAACAAAGAAAAGGUCCAAAAUCAACAACAAACUUCCACCCAGCGCCAUGGAGUCCAGCAGCGAGGAGAAGAUUUCCCUCAAACUGGCGGAAAUUUCCAUCCAAAAGUUCAACCAAACCAUCCCGCAGUACUUGAACCUGCUGAAGAACCACAAGUGCAACAUCGAGAAGGCGUUCCAGCUCAAGGACUGGGACCGGAUUAAGCGCGAGCAGAUCAACGCCACUCGGGUGAUUAAGCAGAUGAAGUUCCUGAUACUGGAGAUCGACAAGGUGCGCAGCCGGGUGCGGAACGAGGAGCUGGAUCGGUUCGACGAGGGCACGGACGGAGCGAAGAAGACGGCCCUGGCCGGGAUGGGCGAGUAUUUGGAAAUGCAGCAAAAGAUCGCCGCCCGGUCCCAAUCCUCCUACAGCUUCCAAGAAGACGACAACUACGACGACGAAGACGACCUCCGGCGUGGCCGACGCAACGGCGACAACCAGUACCAGCUGGCCGCGCAAAUCCCCCAAAUCACGAGCAGCUACGACCGGCAAGCGGACGAACUGCGGCACCGGGCCGAGUGCCUCAAAGAGAUGGAAGUCCUGCAGCGGGACAUUGUCGAAAUUCAGGACCUGUUCCAGGCGGUCCACAAAAUGGCCCACGGUCAGGCGGAAAUGGUUACGGCGGUGGAGGAAAACGUCGAGGUGACCCAGAUCCAGGUGGAGGAGGGUGUAACGGCACUGCAGCGAGCCCUGCGCUACAAGAAGGCCAUCUAUCCGAUGUGUGGCGCCCUGCUGGGGUCCUGCAUAGGCGGUCCGAUUGGGCUGGUUGUUGGACUGAAGGCCGGCGGGUUGGCGGCCAUCGGCGGCGGGUUGAUGGGAUUCGCCGGCGGAAAGUACAUCAAAAACGAGGAAGGGGUGGACGUGGUCGACGCGAUAGACGGUGGGGACAAGGGCGUUGAGGUCGAGGCCAAUGGGGCGGCGCUGGCGGUGGGCGCGACGGAACAGGAACCGGACCAGCAGCAGUGGGUGAUUUGCGAGCGGAAGGAAUGACGUUUGCCGUAUUUUUGCGCCAUUCAGUAAGGGAUUUGAGGAAUGAGGAUGGAUUUGUUGGUCUCGAAUAGAGUAGAUCCGAGGGUAAGUCGAAAUGCAAAGAUUGUAAAUAAUACAAAAAUGAUAUUAAAUGUAGAACAUUGAGUUGUUAAAGUGCUAUUUUGCUUUUAAAAAACAGCUCUCGUUAGUAUCGGUUAAGUUUGUUAGUUCAGUAGCGCUAUCCAUUACAUGUAAAAAUAAAUAUAUGUGACAGUGAUUUCAUUUAUUAAUAUUUA